AUGGCCAUUAGACGCCGGUUUCGCUCCUCCUCUGCAGUGCAUGAAAUUCAUAUCAAGAGACGCACCACUAGCAUCUGUCAAUCCUGCCCUGUGUCUUCAGAACUUUCCUCUUCCUCCACCCUUGAUGCAACGUCCGAUGACGUCGAGAUCGCCAGACAGUUUUGGGACGGCAUCGAACAGACCGGGAUUGCAACCAUGAAAACGUCCGACCCGAAGGAGAGCUGGUCUCUCAGAAAGUUCUGGGACGAACACGUUGCGGUGGAAAUGGAGUUUGGGUAUAAUGCACGAGAACAUAUCACGAAUGAGGAGACAUUCAUCAGCUGGUUCGAGUUCGCAUUUGGAAUGGCGGGCUUCGGCCUGGUCGUGCUGCAGUUUGGCAUUCUGCAUGGGCGGUUCAUUGAAUCCAAGGUUGCUGCACAGUUAGGGAAAGCGGUGGCGUGCGCCAGCUUUGUUAUCAGCAUCCUCUGUGUGGUCGUUGGUGCAUAUCGAUUCUUUCGCCAGCAAAAUGCUCUCCUUCGAGGGCAGAUCUGUUUGGGUGGCCUCUCCAUGUUCUCUGCUAUAUUUUUGUUCAGCCUGGUAUCGGUGGGCAGCACAGUGAUUACUUGGAUAGGCCUGUUUUAG